AUCUACAAUCAACCUUAAUUAAACAAAAAAAGAAGCCUUAACUGAAUCCCUGCGUAAAACGUAUUGCCAGUAUCGUGACUGGUUUAUACCCUGUUUACCCGGAGCCGGGUGGGUACCGUAUCCCACAAUGCCCCGUUCCACUUAGCCUCGUAUCUCUAGGAGACGCGAGAGUAGGCGCCACCUCGAGCUCUUCGGGCGGAGAGCGGCGUUCACACCGAGGCAAUGGCUGACUCUCAGUAGCGCAUCCCGGCGACCUGAAGCACGGCCGAAGCCGAGGGCAGCCCUCCGCUGCCGCCCAGUAGUUGCUAUCUGCGUUGACAGCGUCCAGGCCUACGGGGCUAGCCGGGAUCCACUAUGGCGUCUAUCAGCUUGGAGAACCAGCUGCAGAGUGCCCAGAAUAACCUGCUCUUCUUGCAGCAGGACCACGCUAACACUCUGAAAGGCCUGCACGCCGAGAUACGCCGGCUGCAGCAGCACUGCACUGACUUGACUUAUGAGUUGAUGGUGAAAAGCUCCGAUCCAGCAGACGGUGGCGAGGCACGCUGUGCCGAGCUGCACAGGAGGUGUGAGGAGCUGGAGAUGCAGCUAAAGGCCAAAGAGGAGGAAAACACAGAGCUGAUGCGUGAUCUGGAGCAGAAGACCGCCAUGAUCUCCGUGCUGGAGAACACCAUCAAGGAGCGGGAGAAGAAGUACCUGGAGGAGCUGAAGCUGAAGAGCCACCGGCUGGCCGUGCUGUCGGGCGAGCUGGAGCAGCGGGCGGGUACCAUCGCCUACCUCACUGCACAGCUGCACGCUACCAAGAAACGACUGCUGUCUGGUGGCUCCUCCGAGGGCAGCCCUGGGGGCAGCCCUGCCGCAUCUUAUAAGCCAGCUCCGCCCCCACCUCGGGAGCAACAGCCAGACACACCACGCCGGCGCAUGCGCAAAAGCCUGUCGCAGCCACUGCACGCGGACUAUGCUGAAUUGUGCCGGGUGGGUGCGGAUGGCCGGCGGCUGGCACUGCGGGAUGCACUGGAUGCUAUGCCCGACCCGACGCCGUUCCUGCAGGCGCGUGAGUUGGCUGCGGAGGCCUCCCUGCCACGUGAGCGCCCUGCUGUCAUCCCGCCCAUCUCCCGUGAACGCUCCCCAGCUCCUCCCGACCCUGCUAGUCCACGACACGGCCUCUCCCAGCAGCCUAGGGCCCAUGUGGGUGUGGCCCACCGCAUACAUCGAUCAGCCCCGCCCACAGCUGCACAGCCCGAGAUCCAGACACUGGCCGUAGAUCAGGUCAAUGACGGCAAGGUGGCGAGGAAGGAGUCGGGCACAGACAGAACAGUGUGAGAGCCCGCCUUGCCUGCCCCCCGCCAUGCUGCAGCCGAUGCAGCAGUGAGCGACACAAAAACGGCACCACAAAGGUGACACCGUGUCCUUGGUCCUCCACGCAUGCCAAAAUGAUGUCCCCUCAUCUUUUUAGCGCAUUGCCUCGCAUCACCUGUGCAUCCCAACAGACAUGUUACAGAGGCAAACAAAAUCCACACAGCUGACAAUGAGGCGCAUCUGCCCCCCCCCCCCGUCUGCAGUUACAGUACAUGCUGCGCUGCACUCAGCUUACACCCUGCCAGAAUUAUUAACCCAGUGCAGUGUCAGCAAGCUUCAUGUAGCGACCUGCAGCAAAGUGCUACUGAUGUGUGUUUUCUAAUUAAACGACUUAUUUGCUGAAUCCUCUUCCUUUUUGCACUGUCUGCCUGUGCCCUGGAUUUGUGCACCACAAGUACUAAAAACUUGUAACAGAGCAGAGAGGAGAGCAUGGUUUCAUGCUGCAUCCCUGUUUGGUGCCUGGGACCCAGUCACUGCGCGGGAAAGAAUCAAGGAACCAACGUGAAGCAUGUUGAAUCACCACUUAUUCCCACCCGAGAUUCUUAUCAUAAUAAUCAUCAUCAUCAUAUAAGGAGAUGGAUUCCAAAGGGGAUGUGCAUUUUCCUGGUCAUGUGUAGACAAAGGUUUGUAAUACUAUGCUGGCUAGCCUAUAAGCAACACUUAUCUGUACAAAUUGCAGAAGUGUUUUUUUUGCCUAGUUUUGCUUAUUCACCAAAAACAGCUAUAAAAAUCCAUAUACCUUUAAAUACACUGAAAUACUUUGGUUUUUACUGUCUGUGUACUGCUUAGUGCCUCCUGAACUAGCCUUUUGAGGAAAUUGAAGUCUUUCGAAGUAUAGCUGCCAUCUCCUGGGUACAGAGGCACGUUUGUUGCACUUCUGCCUGGUGAAUGGUGCCGGCACAGCCCUAACACGACCUACACUCACUAUGUUCAAAUAGUCACUCUUCCAUUAGGGUCGGGUCAUUAUGUGCGCACAAUUCUGUGUGUUCACCUAUUGACAUAGAUGUGUGCUUUUACCAAAGGGGACAUUCGAGGGACACCUGCAAUGGCCCAUGUAACAUCUUACUGUAGCUGCUCUGAUGCCGGUACUUGCAUAAGGAAGUGAGACCAGGAUUCACCUGUGGACUGUAGAGCAGGAAUUUCUCAUGGGUUGUUAAACAUUUAAACUGGCCUUUUCCUAGAGGUCCCUCAUUCAGAAGGAGCUUUCUGGUACAGCUACCUUUAAUUGUGUCAACAGAUGUGCAUUGUGAAAGAAAUAAUUCACUGUUAUGCUAUAAUUGUGCCUGUAUAAAUAUGCAAUAUAUAUACAUGCACAAUUCAAUAUGAGACAUAUUCCACCUUGAACCCAAUGCCAAGGUAUGAUGGUGGUAACAGUAGUUGUUCCUUAUGCUAUGACUCUUAUACCAGUCAAAGUGUUAAAAUAUUUAACUUGCUGUAUGUAUAAAAAUAGUUUUACCCAAGUUUUGUGCCAGCAAAUACUGGAAGGGUGGAGGCAGCUUUCAAUGAAAACCGUCAGGAAUGUCACAGUCACCCGCUAAUAUUAAGUGGCCUAUGGCACCAUUUCCCAGAGUGCAACAGCACCAGUCUGUUCACCUGACACUACAGCUCCUGAGCUCAGCAUCACAUGGUCACAAUGGAGGUGCAUUAUUCAGGAGCUGAGUGAGAGAGGCCAGGCUCCCCCUGUAGAGCGACAGUGAAAUGAGUACUGCUCUGACAUCUGUUGCAUUUUGGCACAACAUGCUGAUCUGUUCUGCUCUGUACCACCACUGCAUUGCUGCUCCUGGUUAAAAUGCAUUUUGAAUUUGAAUCUGUAAACCAUUCUGAAUGACAUCUGCCAGACGAUGUAUGUAAGUAAUAAACAAUAAAUAUGCUGAACAAAAUAAACUUCUGAAAGUUCUGUUAACACAUGCUACUAGCAGCAGCCUGCACUGAUAGAUGCCGAGCUGCACAACUGGCCAGUUUGCUAGGCCCCUUUUCCACAGAUGUAUAAAUGCUGGCCAUGUGUGCUGGGGAUUCCUUGAUUGCUAACAAAGCAAAUAACAGUCUGUGGCCAUCCUGUCACUCCUCAUCUUUAACUGGUUUU